AGUUAAUGGUGUCUUUUCAUUGGACACACAAUGAGAGGCUGAAGAAGACAUUCGCUGGAGUUCACUGAUUUGAGGAAGAAGGCUUUCGUCGUUUCGGUGGAUAAUUAGAAACAAUGGAUCAGGAGGACACGAUGGACUUUCAGGCCCUGAGGGCCAAGUUCCAAGAUACAGACAUCCUCCUGAAGCAACCCAAGAUCAAACCUGCUCUCCCAGAGAAACCAAAGGUUGUCCCUCCUCCCCAGAGCCCCACUCACUAUGUCCCCGCAGGAGCACGCCCCUCCCUGCUCACCUCCAUCAACCAGACCCUGGAGGGGAAGACGCCGGUUGCCCCCAGAGUGGUCUUCAAGGAUGCGAAGAAGGACAGCAAAAAGCCACUCAUCCAGAAAGACACAAGCGAAGGGAAGCUGAAAAAGAGUAAAGGCAAGACAAGUGGAAGCAAAGAGAAGCUUGACGAGGAUCCGGAUCAGAAGCAGAAGAAAGAGAGCGGGAAAGACAGGAAGUUCCCACUGGUGCUCCCUGUCGCACAGAAGGAGAGCACUGCAGAGCUGGUGCCGGCCACCCCUCCACAUAAAGCCCCAACGACUAGCAAGAAAGGCUUCCUGGGUUUCAAGAAGUUGUCAAAGAAAGAUUCACGCGAGGUCUCGGCUGAUCCCAUCCUGGAUGCCCCCAGCUCAGGUGAUCCUGGACCAGCUCCGCUUAUCCCGAUACCCAGUGACGCACCACCAGAGCCUCAAAUCCCAGAGCCAAAAGCCCUUCUACCAAACAUCCCCACCUUACCUGACUCCAGUGCUGCAGUGGAAAUUACCCCACCCCCCACUAUCCCUGCCGCUCCUGACUUCACUCCACCCCCUGCCUUUAUUCCUGACGUCCCACCUCCUGCAGUCCCAACCCCAGAGAGUGAAACCCCACCAGAGAUAGAAACUCCUGCUCUGCCUGUUUCUUGGCCUGCUGACCAAAAUGAAAUCAUUCAAAGUCCACCCAGCGCCCUCUCAACACCUCCACCCAGUCGUGCCGUCCCUGGUCCUCCCCCAGUGGCCUACACUCCCUCUCCAUCACCUCCUGAGCCUGACAUUGGAAUAGAGGCUGUAGACAUCAUGGAGACACCCCCUCCUCCGGUCAUAGACCUUCCGUCUCCUAAAGCCGAGCGUCCGAUCUCAGCCCUCCUGGCUCUGGAGAGGGCGGAGGACAUGAGCCCAGGGAAGAAGACUCCACCAUGUGACCAGAGGAUCUUCAAUGCACUGGAGAAGGCCCGCAGGAAGACCACCAGCCCGACAAAAAACCCCACCACACCCUACUCCAUCACCCCAAUGUCAGAGGAGCUUCCCCCAACUCCCCCCAGCCAGAGUCCCACCACCUCUCACCCACAGCUCCCACCCAUCGACUAUGAGGACCGGGCAGGGAACGCCGUCCUGAAACCGGCCCAAGUUAACGGCUUCGACCACCGGCAAGCCUCUCCAGUGUUGGAAGGUAUCGCCGAGGAGGGGCCGGACCCAGUCCCAGAGCUGUUGCUGGUUCCACCUCCUCCACCCAGGAAGGUCCUCCCAGAACUUCCUUCUCUGCACCCUGCUCCAGAGAAGCCAGACAGACGUUCUGUCAACCCCAAUGAUUUCAUCCCUCCUCCUCUUCUGGAAGAUAACGAGAUCCCUGCUCCUACCGAAUUCUUAGAGGCCGACACCACAAAUGUGCCGGAGUUUGACAAUGUAUCUUCAGAUACUCCAGAGCUGCCGGUGUCAGAGUGGGGGAAUGAGGAGUACACAGGUCCAGAUACUCCAGACGGACAGAACCUGCCAGACUUUUACAGCAACGGGAUGAAUAUUCCAGGAGCUGAUGGAGCAUUUGGAGACCAAGAACCUGUGCUACCAGAAUCCUCCUUCCCCAUCUCCCAGGAAUACCCAGCACAGGCAGGGCUACAAGCUCAAGUCGACAACGGCGUCUGCGAGAGCACAGAAAACGUGUAUGAGGCCAUCACGUCUAACACCAAAAAGAAAGGCAACGGCGGCAAGAAACGCAAAGGACCACCAAAGAAUCCGUACGCCGAAGCGCCACCGGAAACAAGUGAAGAGAAGAGCAAGACGGGCAGGUUCGGCAAGAGCGACAAGAAGGCCGCUGCAGAGGGGCCGGAUGAGAAAGAGCUGAAGAAGAAAGAGAAGCAGCGCCUGGAGAAGGAGAAGAAGGAGCUGAAGGAGAAGCAGGAGAGGGAAAAGAAGGAGCAGAAAGAGAGGGAAAAGAAGGAGAGCGAGCUUAAGAAGAAGUUUAAAAUCACAGGACAAGAGGACGCCAUGUAUGAGGCCAAAGUGACAGUGACGACCAAGGGGCGUAAGAACGAUCUGCCCGUCAAGAGCGGGGACAUCAUCAGCAUCAUCCGAACAACCAACUGUCCCAAAGGGAAGUGGCUGGCCAGAGACAGCAGCAACAACUACGGGUAUGUCGCGGUGGACCACGUGGAGCUGGACAUCAAGGAGAUGCUGGAGCUGGGAAAGAGGGCUGCAAGCAUCCACAAGAGCAACAGCAAUCCAGUCGAGGCGGAGGUGAUCAGCACGGGGAGCAGGGCCUCGAACCGAUAUCCACUCUCAGCAGAAAGCUUCACAGACGACAGCGAGGAGUGGACCGGGGACGACGAGGAGCCCCUCUCGCCCGCCCCUGAAAAUCCACUGGCUCCAGUGAGCCACAGCAGGACACUCUCAAUGCCAGAGAUGGGAACCCAGGACAUUAGCCUAAACCACCAGCACAGCCACAGCGACAUCAGUGCAGAUGGCCCACAUAUCCAAGCAAGACAUGAAGCACUUCAGAAGUUGGCCACAUUUUUCCAUUCACCUAAACCUGUGGAGCCAGAACUCCGCAGCACUGAACCAGAGACAAGUCCUGUGCUUGUGAAUGCAGAAUCAGUCCACCUGCCUAGUUCAGGAAAGGAAUUUGAUUUUGAUGAAUCUGAUGUGCUCAUUUUACCUCCUCCUGACCUGUACGCUGACGAGGCAGUGGAGUAAUUCUCAUAAAACAAGAACAAAGAGCAGCCACGCAGAGGGAACAGGAUUUGUCUGUGGUGUUAUUCUUCGCGCUGUGACUCGGCCAGUCACCUCAUACUGUGACAGCAACUGCAUCUUCUUGACUAUGAUCUUUUUUUACCCGGUGACUGCAUUCAUGGAUCGGUGUGAAGAGUACAAGAGGAGGAAGACAAGAGGAUUUCUGCAUCGUCUCCAGAACCGUCACCAGCAACCAGAACUUUUCCCGACGCGCUCGCUGUGAAACCAGCGAGGGACGGUUUGCCUGGUGGACUGACUCUGAGCCUUGGAUCAAGGUGAUCUGCUGAUCCCAGGAGAGAACUCACGAACUGCAGACACGCAGAGGCUUUCUUGGUACUUUGACCCUGGCGACUCUUGUAGGGAAAAUCACACACUUCAUGUGCAAGUUCCAGAAAGCCAAAUCUAUUUAAAGCGGUGGAACAAUGGAAAAUGUAGAUGUUUCUCAGGUACUUUUCAGGUUGAGACAGCGCCCUGAGGAAAUACACAGUGGGAACAAGCACGUGAAAAACAGGGAGAAUUGUUUACUCAACAUUUGCAUCCAUGUUGGCAGUAAUUAAUAGUCUUUCAUGUACCAGGUCGUUCCUCAGGAUCCACCACUAAUCCGCAGAGAGCACAGUUCUCAGAGCUCCAGUUAUCAGUGUCGGAAUAUUUAUCUACAUACAGCAGCCUCAAGGGUCGGAUGAAAUUAGCGUCCUACAGCACACACUUGUUACCAGUUUACAGUGUUGGUAGCAAAGGAGUAAACAGCAAUACAGCUGAUAAACUUAAGCAAUGAACAAAGGCUUCACACAUUUUUCAGUUUGGUCAUCAGCAGUGAUAAAAAGCCUUUGUGCAGCCAGCUGUACCCCACAAGACGUCAUUAAUUUCCUGCUAUGUCUUCUUCAACAGGUGCAUCUAAGACCACCUUCAAUAGUUACCUGAUAUUAGUCAGUUUUUUUUCUUAAGUGUUUGCGUUAUUGUGCUUUUUUGUGCAUCAUCUUUUUCUACUUUAUUUACCAUCAUUAUUUUGUUACGGAUCAUCAUAGACUAUAGAAGUGCUUAUGUAACUACUCAUGUUGUAGAAUUUCAACGCAGGUUUAAUUUUAGCAUGUUAGGUUCAUACAGUCAUCUUUAAUGGCAUACCAAUGAACAGCAGCAUGGAGCGUAAUCUAGAUUUCUGCUACUGCUGCUGUGUAUUGGUCAGAGCUGCGCCUUCUGGAGGGAAGCACCAUCCAUAAACUUAUUUUCUUUCUUCCAUUUUUAUGGAGCAGAUGUCUGGGAGGUGCCAUCACCUUUCUUCCUCUCAAGCUGAUGAAUAAUAAGUAUUACAGAAAGAGAAAGUAGUGAGAUGAUCACCUGGAGCCAUUCUCAUGUAAAAUAUUGUUGACAUCUGAGGGUGCGUUUUUAUCUGGAGAAAAAAAAACACCAAAAUAAUCCUGUGAUGGGUGUGUUU